UCUCAUUCCCUCCCCUCCUUUCAGCCAUCGCAGCCACUGUUGGCAUCGGUUCAGAGCAUCGACAGAUCUACGCAUUAAUUCCGUCGUGAAAACAAGACGAGCUACCGGGGCGCUUCCUGGUAACAAGAGUGGCAUGGCUCUGAACGCCUUGCUCCUGGCCCUGCUCACCGUCCUGCUUGCAGUAACGUACGGACCAGUAAGCCAUUAUCUGACUGUCAUUGGCGCCUGGAGACAUCCGUCGCGCAGGGUGCUUGCAACAGACAGUGAUCUAGUCAAAAUCGAGGAUACCAUCAUCUGUGAAGAUCUGCAUCUCUAUCAUCCGACCAACACGCUGUUUUCCGCGUGUGAGGAUGACUUCCACCGGAGAUUUGGUUGGUUUCCCCCUCUGGGUAACUUCGAGAAUCCACCUCAGUCAACAGAAGGGGGUGGUUCUAUCCAUAUCAUCGAUCCUGAGACCAAGGUUUCCGCUCGUCUCGAAUUUGAAAACUUCUCAGGCCCCCUUGUAACCCAUGGCAUUGAUGUCGUGGCAGCUGAUCCCAGUCGGCCGGAUCACUCCGUCUAUAUCUUCGCGGUUAAUCACCUUCCAAAUCCUGACCUUUUCCGGAGUCGUCAGGAUACGACUACCCCCAAGGCGCGGUCCCAAAUAGAACUCUUCUACCACGUUCUCGGCUCGAAGUCAGUCAGACAUGUGCGUUCAAUAUGGCAUCCGCUGAUCAGGACGCCUAACGACAUCUAUGCUGAAAAUGCAACCUCUUUCUACGUCACAAACGACCACUUCUACCGAGACGGACUCCUUCGGCACAUUGAAGAUGUACUCCCUCUAGCUAGAUGGUCCACGGCAAUUCAUGUACAGAUCGAACACGAGACUGUCUCGGCCCAGUCGUGUGACCAGGCCCCCGAUGUGAAAGCAGGCAUAGCUCUAACAGACAUAUUCAACAACAAUGGGCUAGGGCAUGGCCAAACGCAUGAUGAAUGCCUUGUCACGAGUGCCGCGGGAGGCCUGCUAUACCUCGGUCAGGCCUUGAACGGCCAAAUAACUAUCCGAGAAGUGAUUCCUCUCGACUCUGUGGUUGACAACCCGAGUUAUUUCUCGGAUCCAUUUGUCUCGCUCUCUGAUGGCAGCAGUGACGCAAGCGGCUAUAUCGUCCCGGGACUUCCAAGAGCAGUGGACCUGCCUCUUCAUAAAAGGGACCCCUCAGCUCAAGAUGGCGCUCUGGUAUGGCAUGUAAAACCGUCCUCUGGUGCUCUCACGAAUGCCAGCAUCUCAUCUGGUACAGGAUGGGAAGCACGGAUCCUGUUCGAAGAUGACGGAUCUAUAAUCCGUACAGCCAGUGCCGCUGUAUUGGUGCCUAUUGAUCCAAAACGAGAAGGGGGAAGAAAAAGAGGCUGGCUUUUCGUAACGGGAUUCCUGUCGGAGAAUAUAAUUGCUGUCAAGGUUGACCUGUGAAGAGGGCCAUGAGUAACUGGAGAGACUUUAGGCGAGGGUUUUAAGAUCGGUCGCAAAACGUUUACUUCUAUGUGACGUGCUGGCGUAACAAUAAACCUUCUGCUCACGAAGAGACGGCCAGGUCACUUUCUACAUCGAACCGACAAAGAUUCGAAGUGAGUUACGCAGAUCAGUCCCAGGAAUUCGCAAAACAUACCAGCCACUUCUAUCAGAUGGCAAUACAGUA